GUAUAACUUUGUUUGGACUUUCACUAAUCGUUCUUGACACGAGCACGUAACUGUUUUGGGGUAUACUACCUAUAAAGAACUAAUAUGCUGGAGGAGCUUGAUCUUGAUGAGAGAGACCCAAACGACAUCAAUGGCCAUGUCAAGGUAGGCUUUGAAGACGUCUUGGCAGAACCAGCAGGUGCCCACAGUAUCGCCUGUGUAUGGAAGGCCAGCCACGUCUGUUUCACUUGCGGCAAGAACUGCUGCUACAACAUCUUGACCACUCUGUGCGGUAUCUUCAUAGCGCUGUAUUGGGGCUGUGAGUUCGCUAUGAUCACUUUCUCGAUGGUGUGGUGCAUUACCCCCUUCCUGCGAUUGUUCUCAAUCACCAUGGGUUGCCUGCAGAAGUACUUCGGCACUUGCAUCACGUGCUGCCUGGCGCCAAUAUGUGAAACGUGUGGAUUAGCAUUCACUCGAAUCACCGUAUCCAAAACAUAAAUCCAAAAAAUACAUUGGCAGGUGUGUCGACGGAUUCGGAUGAUGGACUGAUGUGAAUUAUAAGUAAUCCAAUAAAAAUGCAUGCACACUUA